CAGCGGGUCACAUGACAUCCCCCUCCCUUCCUUCCUCCCUCCCUUCUCACUCCCCUGUCGCUCACUCACCCACUCGCGCCCGCGCACACAGAACUAGCCAAGGAAGCGGAGAGGAAUUGCCAUUUCGGGAAAGGAGAGGGGAAUCAGAUCGGGCAGAUGGCCGCCGGCGACGUCGCAACCGUCUUCCUGGAGAUGAGCCUCGGCACUCGCCUAGCCGUCUCCUUCCCCGCCGCAUCAACCACCGUCGCCGACCUCAAGCGCAGAGUGAGCCAUGAGCACGCCGCAUGUUUCCCCAACUAUGGCCAGAUCGCCGUCCAGUCCGUCAAGGUCGAGCAGGGAGGCUCGUGGUUCCACCUCGCCGACUCCAUGGCCGUCCGGGACGCGUUCCAGUUCCACGGGGCCAACGAAACCUGGCACCUCCAAGUAGACGCUCUGCCUCACCCUCAGCAUCUCGGCCAAGGAAUGGCCACCGAGGGACACUCCAAGGAUUCCUCUGCUGCUCACUCUGAACCAAGCUGUGAGAUGCUGGCUGACCAGGUUAAAGUUGAAGUUGGAGCGGACUCUGAACCAAGCUGUGAGAUGCUGACUGAUCAGGUUAAAGUUGAAGUUGGAGCGGAGGAGCCAUUGUCAGCCAAGGGCAAAAGGAGCAGCAACGGGACUGAUCCGAAGGGGUCGAAGGAAGCAGAGGCCACAUCAACAGAACAGGGGGCAUGUGAGAGGAAAAGGCUGCGGCCAAGGACCAGAGUUGGCAAAACACCCAUCACCAAGGCGGCGAACAGCAGCGGCAGCUCGGAGUCGGAGGAGAUGGACGUCAACACCGUCGGCGUCGACGCGCCGCCGUCGCAGUUCGUCGUCAUGCUCAAGGAAUGCCACUUUGUCACCAAGAACGGGCAGUACCUGAACGUGCCGCGGGAGUUCAGCGUGGCGCAUGGGUACGCGGAGAGGAAGAAGGUGCUGCUGCGGAUGGGGGGCGAGUCGUGGACGGUGAACCUGAAGCACGCCCACAAUGUGCGUGGCAAGGCCCGCACGUCGUUCCGGUACGGGUGGCACCAGUUCUGCGUCGACAACCACCUCCGCGUCGGCGAGACAUGCUUCUUCCGAGCGCUCGGCCAAGGCGGCGGCGACCGCCAUGUGCUCAAGGUGGAGGUGCGCAGGCUGGACGGCAGCUACGCCAGCUGAUAUGCCUCUGUCCGUUGCAUCGGCAUAGCCGUCUCAAGCAGGGCUCUUAUCUUAGACUGCAAUGCAUUGCAUUGUGGUAGCCCAAUAUUAAUAUGCAGUUUGCUCCUUUAUACUCUAUGUUUCGCUUGCAUAUGCUAGUUUUUAUCAACCUCCUCAUUAUCUAAUUAAUUAGCUUUGGCUGACAAUUUACUGCGCUAGCUUUGUGUGACAAUGUAUUGUGCAUUUGUGCUAGCUAUAGAAUCUGAAAAUGUGAUCUCAA